AUGUGUACCAACAGGCUCAUCAAGCAUCUGACAGAGUGUGCAAUCUUAUUCCUAACUGAAAGCAAGAAAUAUACUGAUUGUGGUGCUGACUUGGGUUGCCCAUUGAGUAAGGACAAGGGGGAGAUCCACAGUGUAAUUGUGAAGCUUAUCUUUCACAAUGAUGCUGUGUGUGCAAGCUGGUAUGCCACCAACCCUGUUGAGUUCUGUGACUCUAUGACCAAUUGGAUUGCAUUGAUAGGAUACUGGAAGGGCCAUUGCCUUUUUCUUAUUCUUUGUGUGGGCAUUGUGCCCAUCAAUUCAGAGAUGUCUGGAAACUUACAUUGCAAAGUUGAGAAGGAAUUCCCCUGGUACAACAACCUCUACAAGAUAUGGGGCUCCAACCCCUGCUAA